AUGUACCAUUGCAUGGAAUCAGAUUUAUUACGAUGCUCAGACAAAUACAUAACAGUUGAGAGCAAACCAACUGAUGUUGAUGCUGUAUUGAUUGAUGGUGCUGCAUUAGUACAUAUACUACAACCCAAGGCUUGCUGUACUUCUCAGGAAUAUAUCUCUCUUAUUGUAAAGCCUUAUAUUUUAAGAAUUUUAGAUACCUCUAAGAGGAUUGAUGUUAUCUGGGAUAUUUAUAUUGAUAAGAGCUUGAAGGCAAGUACAAGAGAAAAGAGGGGAAAAGGGAACAGGAAAUUGAUAAGAGAAAACACCAGCAUUCCACGAAAUCGGAAUGACUUCUUGAGAGACUCGGAAAAUAAGAAACAAUUGUUCGAUUUAAUUUCCAAUCACCUCAAAGACAUGCCAUUACCCGAGAAUACAGUAGUAGUAUGUAAUACAAUUGAGGAAACACUUUACAAUAGUGGAUCCCUAGGAAUCAAUGAUAUAACUGGUGUUUGCAACCAUGAGGAAGCUGAUACUCGAAUUUCUGUUCAUACUCAAAAUUGUAUGGAAAAUAAUUUGAAAAAGAUCUUGAUAAAAACUGUGGAUACUGAUGUGAUCAUUCUCGCAAUUUUCUAUCAGUAUCAGCAUCAAGAGCAGGAUAUUUGGAUAGAGUUUUGGUACGGGAAAGAAUAUUAA